AGAGAUACUAAACUACAACAACAUGAGGAUGAGAAAAAGUUAGGUUAAAGUCAUCACAUAUGGUCUCACGGAGCGAGACUCCUUUUGUUGAACGUUACAGUUAGGCAUGAGAUUCACGCAAAUCUUAUGCGACAAAUAAUUUCUCUUCGAAUUUUCUAAAAUUAAAAGGAAAACGUAAUUUCAUUACAUCGUGUAUUAAAUUAAAGGACUAUUAAUGAGAAUAAUAAUAACAGAUAGUCCAAUUAAAUGGACCCACGUUAAUAACGAUGUCUGAAAUAAAUAACCACCCCACCAGAUAAUUCAAACGAUAUUUUUUUCUUUUGGUUUUUAUGCAUGUGAUUGCUUUUUAUUGGUUGAGACAAAAUAAUAUAAACAAUUAUAUUCAGUACUAUUUGGUACACAAAUCUAUUUAAAAAUCUUUCGACCAUGUGAUGAUGAAUAAUACUUUUUUCUAUUUUCCUAAUUAUUAUUAUUAUUUUAUUUUAUUUUUUUGGAUGUGAUCUAUACAAAUAUUUGAAUCUCACGUAGUUACAUAUACACGUGUUUAAAUUCACACAUUAAUCAGGUUUGUAGCUCUAAACAUUAGGAAACUCAACCAUGGUUAAGCUCAUAACCCAACUCUAAAACGUUGCAUAAGUAAACCACGGUUGGUUUUUUUAAAAGAGUCUUCUUCUUCAUACAAAACUUACCCAACUCCCCUCUCUCUCUUUCUUCUUCUCCAAACUCUUGUUUUCAUAUACCUCUUGGUUCUGCUGAAGUUUUGUUUAAGAUGAAUACGAGUGAUGUAGUGGGAUGGGAAGAUGAAGAUUCUAGAUCCAUGGCCAGCGCCGUGUUAGGAAACUCAGCUUCUGAGUUUCUUACAGCAAACUCAAACUCAAAUCAGAAUCUGUUUCUCGUCAUGGGAACCGACGAUGGUCUCAACGAGAAGCUCUCUCGUCUCGUGGACUGUCCAAACUCCGAAACUUUCAGCUGGAACUACGCCGUGUUCUGGCAGCAGACCGUGUCUAGAUCCGGACAACAAGUAUUGGCUUGGGGAGACGGGUGUUGCCGCGAGCCCAAGGAAGAGGAAUCAACCGUUUGUUAUAACCUAGAGGAAGAGAUGAGGUGGCAGUACAUGAGGAAGAGAGUGCUUCAGAAGCUACACAGGAUGUUUGGUGGAUCCGAUGAAGACGACUACGCUUUGAGCUUAGAGAACGUUACGGCUACUGAGAUGUUCUUCUUGGCUUCGAUGUAUUUCUUCUUUAACCACGGUGAAGGAGGUCCGGGAAGGUGCUUUGCUUCGGGGAGACACGUGUGGUUGUCGGAUGCGGUUGGCUCUGAUUAUUGUUUUAGGUCUUUUAUGGUUAAAUCAGCUGGGAUAAGGACUGUUGUUAUGGUUCCUACUGAUGCUGGUGUUCUUGAGCUUGGUUCGGUUUGGCCUUUGCCUGAGAAUGUAGAGUUGGUUAGGUCUGUUCAAGCUUUGUUCAUGAGGAGAGUUAAGCCACCAAACAUGAGCGGAGGAAAGAUUCACAAGCUUUUCGGACAAGAACUGAAUAGCUCGGACAAGGUAGCUCAUCAAGUGCAAGAGAAUGUGAAUGUGGUUGUUGUAGAGGAUACUAAUCACAAGGUGAUGAAGACUUCUUGUAAUGAGAAAAGACCAGCGAGUUUAUUACCAGGAGUGGCUGUUGUGGAGGAGAAGAGACCGAGGAAGCGAGGGAGGAAGCCUGCUAACGGGAGAGAAGAGGCGUUGAACCAUGUGGAAGCUGAGAGGCAGAGACGUGAGAAGCUUAACCAGAGAUUCUACGCUUUACGAGCUGUUGUUCCAAACAUAUCUAAAAUGGACAAAGCUUCUUUACUUGGAGACGCCAUCUCUUACAUCAAAGAGCUUCAAGAGAGAGUAAAGAUCAUUGAAGCUGAAGGAGUAAUGACCAUUGGGACAGAAGAAAGUCAAGAAGUUGUUGACAUUCAAGCUGGGGAAGAGGAGGUUGUUGUGAGAGUAGUCUCACCGUUGGAGUCACAUCCAGCAUCAAGAAUCAUACAAGCAAUGAGAAACUCAGAGGUUGUUAGUGUUGUGGAGUCUAAGCUUUCAUUAGCUGAAGAGACACUGUUUCACACUUUUGUAGUAAAGAAUAACAACGGAUCGGAUCCAAUGACGAAAGAGAAGCUUAUAGCAGCGGCUUACCCGCAAACCGGCUUGACGCAGCAGCUAUUACUACCAUCUUCUACUUCACAGGUCUCUGGUGAUAUCUAGCUUUCAAGCUUCUUCUCUUGUUCAGUAUAGGAAGACUUUGAGGUCAACUUAGAAAUAGAUAAAUCCUUUUUUUUUUGUUCUCUUACUUAGAGUAAAAGUAAAUCCAAUUAUAGUAUAUUUGCUAACCUUAUCAUCUGUUAGACUGAAAGUAAUACAGUCUUCGAGUGACAGUCUAUUUAAUAAGUUAAAUCGCAUAUUUGUAUCUUGAGAAUUUUUUUUUUUCCAAAUCAAAUAAAUAAAUAUGAAAGAUAUUUUGACAUUUUCCUUCAUUUGUGAAUCAUGUCAGUGUAAUAUCUCUAAUGUUUUGUCUAUCUGAAAGCAUAUGUUUGUCCAAUAUCUUAUUAAUGUAUGCAUGAAGCAUAUGAUAUAUUGGUCCUUAAGAUUCUUACCAGUUUCAGAACACCUCACUAGGUAAGUAACUGUGAAUUGGUUUAGAUUGCUAAUGACAAAGUAAAUCAUAUAACUCACACAUGAUUAUUCAUAUCUUAGAUAAUUAUUCACUCAUUAAUAAACCAAUCAUAUAUAAGUAGACCUAUACUUCAUCUUUUUCCAUGUUCCAUGUUAAUUACUUCACCUCAUUUUAAAGUUUGGGCUUCUAGUAAAAUUAUAAAAAGCCCAUCCUCAAAAAGCCCAACUCGGCUUCACUGCUUCUUCUCCUCUCCUCUGAUCAUUUCCUCAUUUGCUUUAGUUUUGUUUUUUCUCCGAUCAGAUCCAAAAAGUAACUUCCCUUCCUUCGCCGCGAUGUCUCUCCGUCGUUCCAUCCUCGGCCUCCACCGCCAAACCCACAACCUCUCUCUCUCAAAGCCUUCACCUUUCUCAAUCACCAACAUCUCCUCCCCUUCCGCCGCCGUGAUCGGAAGAGAAAUCUCCUCGACCCCAUUUUCACUAACCCAGAGACUCAAACCGGACUCCGUUAAUCUCGUCGGCGAUCGUUCUCUCGGGCAAUCUCAGCUGGCUCGUCUCCCGGCUUCUCGAGGCUACAGCAACGCGUCUCUCGUAAGGAAGAUCCCUGUUCUGUUCCACAUAAACGCGGGGAUGGAGGAGGUUUUGGCGGAUUACGUUCACCAAGAGCUGACGAGGAAUCUGAUGGUGAUCUCUCUGGGGUUGUUCCAGAUCAUUGUUAUCAAAGACGUCGUCGUGUUUCUUUUCUUCUGAGCAAAAAAAGGAAUCAUCUUUUGGGGUGAUAACUCUAUCACGUGUUAAUGAAAACAGUGAGCUAUAAAAGUCAUUCCUUUUUUAUCUUUCUUCUGUUAUGAAUAAGAACAUUGAUGCUUGUGUUGCUUCAGUUUCUCUUGUUUUCAAAGUUUGAUUCAGUUCGUAUAAGGCUUAAGUGGAAUUAAAAACUUUCCUGGAUUGUAGACAAGAGUAUGUUUCCUGAGGUGGAGUAGUAAGACUCUCUCUAUUUAAGCUUUGAAUUGAAUAAAAGAGAAGUUUUCUCAGCU